UCUCUUCUCCGCCAUCGUAUGUGCACUUGAGUUUGGUCCUCGCCAUGUCUUCUCACAAGACUUUCAGGAUCAAUCGAUUCCUGGCCAAGAAACAAAAGCAGAAUCGUCCCGUUCCCCAAUGGAUUCGAAUGAAAACUGGUAAUAAAAUCAGGUACAACUCCAAGAGAAGACGUUGGAGAAGAACGAAGCUGGGUCUAUAAGGAGCCGCACAUGAGGUGGCGCACAUAUUUAUGCUGUGUCAAGUUCUUCUGCAUCUUACCGUAUCACUCUGAAGAUAGUGCUAUUGCAUGAACAGCUGGAUAUGUUUGGGAAUAUGGAGUUUCUCUUUGUGGCCAUGUCUGCUCUGUUGCUUUUGCUCAGUAAUAAAUAUGUGAGACCUUU